GUUGUGUGUUUGUGUGCAGGGAAUUUUUGUGUUCAAACCGAAGAAAAAGCCCCAACACACCACCCUAGAUGAAUUGUUUUCCGAGAACCGUUGGUACCAGACCUACAUCAGCCUCUGGACUAGAUUGAACCAAGAUUUUGAGGAUUUGACUGAGAGCAUGUUCACGUCUAUGACCUCAGACCUGCUAAACUUUGUCAAAACGAGUCACCAGAACGACGUAACCGAAAUCCCAACAGCUGCUUUACUAACAGGUAUCAACAUGCCGGAUCAUGAUGCCCAGUUUGCCAGUCUGAAAAGGCAAGUGAAAGAAGACGUGAGUCCUUAUGUAGCCUUUCUGAGCAGCCAAGAUUGUGGAAAUGUUAAAAGUUUAAUGGAAAUUAUGAUCAGCCAGUUUAUCGGCCUAAGUGACGAUAGAGAAGAGUACGAGGACGAUUUAGUCAAGAACACUUUGAAGAAGUCUAGUUUAAACAUGUCCCUGCUGGAAAGCUGGUAUCAGCAGGCAGAGAACGAGCUACUAGUGGUGAUAAUUCCCGACUUUGAAAGCUUUAACGCUAAAGUACUACAGUCCUUCAUUCUAAUCAUCAGUUCCCACUUAGGAAAGCUGCCUUUUGUGUUCAUUUUUGGGAUCGCCACUUGCAUCAGCACGUUGCACACUUCCUUCCCCUAUCAUGUGACUAUGAAAAUCAACGUUCAUGUAUUCAAAUGCGAACCAUCCAUAGUCUAUCUAAACCAGGUGCUGGAAGGGAUUUUUCUGGAUAUUUUCUGCCCGUUCCACCUGGGAGGGAAGGUGUUGGACUUGUUCACCGAGAUUUUCCUCUUCUACGACUUUUCAGUGCAGAAUUUCGUGCAGAACAUCAAGUUUGCUAUGAUGGAACAUUUCUCGCACGGAAACGCCAUGGCGUUAUGCCUAAUGGAGAAAACCGCCAUUAAAAACGUUCUAGUGGAUUUCAAUCACGAAGACUGCGAAAAUGUUCGGCAUCUUUUGUCCUUUAGAAAUUUGGUGGAAUCUGAACCUUACGAGCAGAGAAUUAAAUUGAUAACAGACGAUGAAUACUUCAAGCAGGCGGUUUGCGAUAAAGUAGUGGCAAUCCAAAGAUACAUCAAGCGGCUGCAUGUAUUUCUACGAUGCUUACACGCCUUAGUUUAUGAUCUUCCAGGAUCCCCUUUAGGCAAGAAUCUCAGAGAACUAUACACACUUGCUCUGACCAAAAGCAUCACACAAUCCGCAGAAUAUCGGGAAAGUUUCCAGCUGCUGGAGUUCCAAUCCAAGGAUGCGCUUCAAGAGAAACUGAGGCGUAUUGCGGAUAUUUUGGCACAGUUUGUGAAUAAGGGGAGUAGCAAAACGAAAUUGAGGGAUUUUUGCGUGGAGAUUGAUAGGUUAGUGAGAAUCUUACAGAAUACUGAUGUAGAAGAGAGUGAAAAGGACGAGAUCAGCCUUGAAGAGGGAUUGGGCGCGAUGAUGGACAGAAAGGCGUUAAAACAGGCUCUAUUCUCUCGAUCAAAACAGAAAUCAAAGACGCAGGACAAAUAUGAGAAACUAAAACAAGAAAUCCUCGCAUAUCUUUCCGGGCAGUUUGAAGAAUAUCUCGUCCAUCCUAGCACAUUGCCGUUCUACGAAAUAUUCUUUUUCGAUGAUAUUUCGAUUAAAAACCACAUAAUUGGCAUCCAUAGAGCGGCCAUCCACAACGCCCUCAACGAUCCGCAUCGUUACUUGCAAUGCAAAUGUUGUGCCAUAUCGAACAAACGUACAGUAAAAGCAUUAAUGCCUGACAUCUGUAUUGCCUACAAGUUGCAUUUAGAAUGGGGUAAAAUGAUCAACCUGUACGAUUGGCUGAUGGGUUUCUUGUGCAUAGUCGACCCACAAGAAGAGGACGAUUUAAGCGACAAAUCCAAAAAAGUCGUGGACCCGCAUGUGCAGGCAAGAUUUACCCAAGCAGUUGCGGAACUGGAAUACCUGGGAUUCAUAAAAAGCUCCAAACGGAAGACUGAUCACGUAAUUAGGCUCACUUGGGAAGGCUGAUAUAUUUGUCAAAAUCAGCUGCCAGAGGUAGAGACUCAARGGAAGGAAAAACUAAYGAGAAAAUGCAGUUUUUUAAAGAAAACGUGYACUGAAAAACAGUUAGUGACUGAAACGUGUGUGCCUGCUUCAAGAUGCAUCGUUUGUGCAAARAAUUGUGCGUGGAUACCUGAAGGUGCCCCAAUUUCCAUGGAAAAUCGAUUUCUCUAAGCUCCAGACGAGUAAAUAAUUAAAYCAUGUCUGUAGGAGUCUUUGGGUAUAGCCGGGAGGCUGUCAGGGUGAAAGUGAA